AACCAAACAUUAACGUUGUCCUUCACUCCCUCCUUGUUCCUCAGUUCAAAUCAAAAUCUCUCUCUCUCUCUCUGCAAAUGGCGUUUUCAUUUUCUAAGAAACCCUCUUCAAGAUACAGUUCCUACGAUUCACGUUCUUCAACAACUUCAUCACAUUUUUCAGACCCAUCUUCAUCAUAUGAGUUAAACAACAUGAACCUUAAACACCCAAAAUCAUCAUCUUCAUCUUCAUCUCGUGCCAUUGUCAAAGCUAAACCCUCUAAUGUAGCUCCAACAACAAAAGUGGACCCCACAUUAACCAAAAUGGUGAAAAAUUUCAUGCAAAAUAAGCCAAAAUCAGUGAACACCACCACCACCACUACUAAGUUGUUUAUUCCUUCUGAUGUUAUUGCUAAGGAUUUGAAGAAGGAUGCUAAAAGGGUCACCGGUUUUUCUACGUUGCAGAAGAAGCUGUUUGGGAAAAGUGGGAGUUCUGAGAAGAAAGAGAAGGUGAAGGCUUUGACUGAAGUGAAGGGGAAUACAAGAACACUUGCUAUGGUGUUGAGGAGUGAGAGGGAGCUUCUGAGCGUGAAUAAGGAGCAAGAGGAGGAGAUUUUGAGGCUUAAGCUCAUGAUUGAGAAUAAGAAUAAAGAGGUAGAGAAGUUGAAGGAUUUGUGCUUGAACCAAAGAGAAGAAAUCAAGUCAUUGAAGAGUUCAAUUUUGUUCCCAGAUGUUACGAAUUCUCAGCUUCAGGAACUUGUAGAGAAACAAGGCACAGAACUGAAAGAAGCAAAACAGGUCAUUCCAUCUCUACAGCAGCAGGUUUCUUCUCUCACUGGUCAGCUUCAAAGCCUCGCCGAGGAUCUUGCAGAGGUCAAGGCUGAUAAGUAUUCAGCAAAAACAGGCUUCCUAGGCUAUGGAAGUUCUCCAAGAACACCACCAGCACAUGGCAGGGAAGAUGCUUCAAACUUUUGGGAGUUUAGCUCCGAGGACAUGUCAGAUGACCUAUUACUCAAAGAUCUAAAUCCAUGCUUGACACCUUACAAGGCUAACAAGUCAAGUUCCAGGGAUUCUCUGCUGGAUGAAAGCUUAUCUGAGGAUGAUCUUAAAGUAUAUCCUGAGCUGGAUGAUUUCAAUUCUUACAAUCAGAAGUUUUCGAAAAGUUCAGACUGUUACCACCAAAACACCGGCAAAAUCGACAAAAUAGGAAUCACUACCAAAGCAAGUCGAAGAUCUGAUGACAUGAAAACAACUUGGAGGUAGAAUGAACCAUAAUAAUGAGCAACUUCAGUCACUGUUCCUUGUUGAGAUUCCUCAUCUCUUUUCCUUGUUUCCAUUUUUCAGUUUUGUUAGCAUACCGUGUCUGUUUUAGAAGUUGGACAUUGUAUUGUAUCUUAUAAUACAUGUAACAUUGAAUUAUCUAUCCUUGUAUAUGGUUCACAUGAGCAAUGAAUAAGAUUUCGAAAUCAAUAACAUAA